AUGGUUUUGUCACCACACUAUUUGUCAGUAUAUGAGAAGGUCUCUCUCACUUUAGAAUCAUUAUAUAUAUAUAAUAAGGCCACCAUCCUUGCCACCACCACUACGCCCGCCACAAUUGCAACCACAACCGCCACAACAAAAAAUUGGCAUCACAAGCAGGUGGGAACUCUGGAUCCAAAGGCUAUGAAUGAUGAAAAUUGCACUGGAAAUUCUAGUGAAGGCAACAAUAAUAUUACAUGGUGGAAGAGUAGUGCAGCCACAGAGAAGAACAAGGUGAAAAUGAGAAGGAAACUAAGAGAGCCAAGGUUUUGUUUCCAAACAAGAAGUGAUGUUGAUGUUCUUGAUGAUGGUUAUAAAUGGAGGAAAUAUGGCCAAAAAGUUGUCAAGAAUAGCCUUCAUCCAAGGAGUUAUUACAGGUGUACACAUAGCAACUGCAGGGUGAAGAAGAGAGUUGAAAGACUCUCAGAAGAUUGUAGAAUGGUGAUAACCACUUAUGAAGGUAGACACAAUCACAUCCCUUCCGAUGACUCAAAUUCUUCAGACCAUGAAUGUUUCACUUCUUUUUAAUAAUAUUUUCCUUCAUAUAAUUGAAGAGACAUGGGAAACAGAAAAUUUGUCCACAAAUCUUUUGUUAUGAUUAAGAAACAGAUUUCUAUGUAUUUAUUGUUAUUUGUUAAUGCUUAAAUCUGCAUUCAUAUAUGAACUACAUUCUUCAUUAGGUUGUUUCAAAUAUGGAAUGAUAAAAGUUUUGCUA